ACUACUCGAGGCCAAGUACCCAAAAAAAACACAUCGGGGCACUAAGAAGAACUCGAUUUAGACGUUUCACACACACGCGCGCGCACACGCGCACACACACUUACAUUGCGCGUUGCGCGCGCGCGCACACACACACACACACGCGCGCGCGUUGUACACACUCUGCAUUUACAGCUCGAGUGCUUUCUUUUUAAGUCCAUGUGAAGAAGAAGAAGAAGAAGAGGAAGAAGGAGAAGAGGAAGGUGCUUCCACGGAUUAGACGUUUUCACCUAUUUAUUAGAACUUUGGCGACGCUGUUUGACUGGACACUGGCCGGCAGGAAAGUUGAAGCGAUUAGAUUGAUUAGACUUUACACACAAAACGAGGUGUCUGGCGGUGAAUCUCCCUCAUGAUUACGCUGUACACAGCAGCUCACACAAAUACAUGUAUCAGGAGUACACAGAGAAAGUGAAUGAAGCUCAAGGGCUGGGAUUAUCUCACGUUGCUCCACAAGUCCUCCUUCUUUAACCCUGACCACAUGAUGGUUGGCUCCAGAGGCCAGUGGGGUAUCGAUGACUAGGUCUAAAUGGGAGGGCUUCUGGACAAAGCCAGCCUUCUAUUAUGGCUGCUUGUGCCCUGAACUGCCUACUCACGAUGAACCCUAAUAACCUGCCUGAGAAGAGCAGCCCUCGGACUGCAAGGCCUGUGCUUCCAGUGCCGGACCGAUCCACCUACAGCCCACGGCUGGGAAGGAGCAGCGGUUUGUACAGCCCGGGCAGCUUGAGUCCUAGCUCUUCUAGCACAUCUUUUGUCUUUCCCUCCGGUGUGACCAGCACCAACAACUCCAGAACACGCUCCCCAUGUCGCUCGCCAGACCUGCUGGGGGUGAACGUGGGCACCCGGGUGCGCAGGCUGAGUGGGACAGACCCCGAGGAGGAGCAGGAGGAGGAAGAGCGACGCGCUGCUCAGCAGCUCCAGCGCAGCAAGGAGCUCCAGAAUGUAGAGGUGAACAAGAAGGUGUAUCUUUUUGAGGCUCAUAUUUCAGCACAGGCCCAGAACAGGGAGCUCCAGCGCAGCCCUCGGAUUUCCAGGAGACCGGGCCCUGUACAGAAUUCUGGCCCCAUACCUCAGCCGGACAAACCCAGCUCCAUCUCUGACGUAGACAUUACGGAUGUCUGGAGCGUCCCUCAGCAGCUGCAGAACGGGAAGAACUCCCGAGGGCUGGAGAAACAUGGAGAAAAAAACAAUACAGUUAAUACAAACAAGCAAGACGGUAACCUGCAGGGAAACAAAUCAGCUGACCGGUUGAUGAACAGCUUGUCCACAUCACAGGGGACCGGCGACGACUCGACUGCUACUAAGCUAACAGAGACGAACGAGGACGGAGCUCAGUUUCAGGUGGAUGCCGAGGACAGGGGCACCAUCCCUGCCGUCAUAGUGACAGACCACGGAAUAGAGGCUGGCGGAGAGGGUCAGGAGGUCAGCCCACAACCCUCACAAGCACUGCGAAAGCUCUCCUCAUCGUCUGCCUCUUCCACUGGAUUCUCCUCUUUGGAGGAAUCAGAGGAGGACCUCUCCAGUGACCCGGAACGCACACCGGCCUUCCUCCACACGCAGCAGAGAGCACAUAAAUCAUGGAAGAAGAUCAAGAACAUGGUGCAGUGGUCGCCUUUUUUAACGUCCUUCAAAAAGAAGUAUCCGUGGAUUCAGCUGGCUGGCCAUGCAGGUAAUUUCAAGGCCGGAGCUUACGGCUGCAUCCUGAAGAAGCACUGUGAGUGCGAGCAGCGCUGUUUGAUCCGGUUGAUGAACGACGUGCUCAAGCCGUACGUCCCGGCCUACCAUGGUGACGUGGAGAAGGACGGUGAGAAGUACAACCAGAUGGAAGAUCUGCUGGCUGAGUUUGAGACGGCCUGCGUCAUGGAUUGCAAGAUGGGCGUCAGGACAUAUCUGGAAGAAGAGUUGACGAAAGCCAGGAAGAAGCCGACUCUGAGGCCCGAUAUGUACCAGAAAAUGAUUGAAGUGGAUGAAGAUGCUCCCACACCGGAUGAACGUGAGCAGAAAGCAGUUACCAAACCACGCUACAUGCAGUGGAGAGAGACCAUCAGCUCCACGGCCACGCUGGGCUUCCGCAUCGAAGGCAUCAAGAAGGAAGACGGGACAGUAAACAGGGACUUUAAAAAGACCAAGACUCGGGAACAGCUGACCGAGGCUUUCCAAGAUUUUCUCAAAGGAAACAGGAAUAUCCUGGCUAAAUAUCUCAGCCGGCUACAGGAAAUCAAGGACACUCUGGAAGUCUCACCGUUUUUCAAGACACAUGAGGUGAUUGGCAGCUCUCUCCUUUUCGUCCACGACAAGCACGAGAAGGCGAAAGUGUGGAUGAUCGACUUCGGCAAAACUACGCCGCUGCCUGAAGGCCAGGUCCUGAACCACCGUACCCCGUGGGUGGAGGGAAACCGUGAGGACGGCUACCUCUACGGCCUCGACCACCUCAUAGACAUUCUUAGCAACAUGGCCAUGUAAAAAAAAAGAUUGCUGUGUUCCAAUAUUGUUUUUAAUGCACCCUUGUUGACUGCUCUUGAUACUCCUUUAUUAGUUCCCCAAAAAGGACUGAGCACUAGCGGUCUGUAAACCAAAAGGGAACCUGAUUUCACAUCAUUGACCAUACGGCCACAGAUUUACCCCUUUAAUCUCUUAUGUAUACUUGAAGAGAAGUCAACAAGCAUGUUAAACACAGAUUUGGAACACAGGACACGUCUUCCUCCUCCUCCUCCUCUUCCUGAAGUUCUCUUUAUUCUGCCCUGGGUAUAUCACUCGCACUACAAUACAGGACCUGCCUGGGUUACCACAGAAAGCUACUCCCUCACCCAUCAACCCCCCUCCCAACACACACACACACACACACACACUGUUUGCAGAAUAGACGGGCCAGAUGUAUUUUUGCUGUGUGUAUUUGUAUGUAUGUAAAGAUACUGAGGCUGUACAUAUAGUAUAAAUAUAUAUAUAUAUCUAUAUAUAUAGUAUAUAUAGUGUAGAGAUUGUACAGUAUGAUGUUUCAGUAGUGGAGGUCACUUGGAAGAUUUUCUGUAGCUUUUUCAGUCUGCGUUCGAAUGUAAGAGUCCAGCUUUUCUCCCUUUAACUCGAGUGUUGCAGGGUCGAGCGCUCGUGCCUUGGUCUCGCUUUCGAAAGCAUUUUAACUUACAGUGAAGAUUUUUUUCAGUAGGUUUAAUAUCAUAUUUCUAUUUAAACGGGUUUAGUCUCUUUUUUAUUUUUUGUUGUUUUUUUUUUUUAUCGGGGACGUGAUGUGUAGUUCUAUGAUAUUUAUUAUAUAGAGCCUAACUGUAAGAACUGACAGUUUUGUUGUAGUUGUGCCUAUAGUAAUUUAUUCUACAUGAUUUUUAAAAAACAAAAAAACAAAACAAAACAAAGAUUGUAUCAGGGACCCGAAAAAAAUCUCAGCAGUAACGUUUCUGGAAUCAUGGACAAUGGUGUGGUGUGUGUGAGCUCAAACUAGCUUUAAAAACGUAGCUGUUAAGCAGGAAGUUAUCAUACUGUACACCAUACGAGGGAUUUCUACUAAAAAAAUAAAACGUAAUAAAUAUCUCAUAAUCUCAGCAGUCAGAAUGUUUUCCCAUUCUACUGACUUUAUUUAUUUAUUUACAGCGUGUAAAAGUGAAGGUCAGAACAGAGCUUCGACCGUUUAUCCGCUAAAGCUAAUCAGCUAAUCAUCAUCUCAGUUCUCUCAGUACUACAGCCUGUUGUUCUUCUAAGAAACAAAAGGUUUUCGUGUGUUUUUACGCCAUAAAAACAAAAUUUUCCCUCUUUCAAACGCUCCGCCGCCGUCGUGAUUGUCGUCAUGAGCCUUCAAUCUGAAUCUGCUCUCACGUUCGAAAGUAUUCACUAACCUAGAAAAUUUAGAAGAGUGGAACUUUCUGUAAGUUUUAAAGGUUGGUACUAGAGUUAGUCGCCACUACCAGUCUGGAAAUGUGAAUGAGUUAGUUAGUGAAGGUGGAGUUGGAGGUGGAGGUGAUGUCAGAACAGACUGAAAUAUUCAUUUAAAUUUGGCUCCCAGUAACAAGGUAUAAUAUUAUCAGAUAUUUCUGAUAUCAAGCUGUAAUAAUCCAAAAAUCUUCAGAUUCGGGGUUUUGUAGUGCGGUUUCUGAACUUUCUCAACAUGCAAAUUCUGCAGAAGUGUUGAUGAGAUUCCAGUCUGAUCCCAAGAUUUUGAUAUUCUCCACAUGUUCAUGCUUUGACAUGGUUGACCAAAAGCGUCACGUUGCUGUAGAUCUCCUCAUCUGGUUUGUGGUUUGUUGUUAAAAGGGUCACUCACACGUGACGUGAAGUGCAUCCGGUUUGAAUCCAGGUGAUUGCUGUUUGCAUGGCUAUUUGCUAUGCAAAAUCCGUCAGUCUCUGCUCCGGCCAAACAUUUGGCUGCGGUCCAACGAAAAGCCGGUCUGUGAUAAAAGCUGAUUUGUGUGUGAAUGCCUGCUGAUGGACGUUCAUUGUGGUUCAUGGAACCACAACUGGAACCUUCGAGUCAGCACUUAAGCUCAUGUGCCUAGAUUCAUCCUGAUCUGUACUUCAUCAUCACAGAUUCAGCUCUGCACUUUUAUUUUAUUUGUACUAACUCACUAAAGAUAAAAAAAAAGUGUGUCCUUCCGUUAAAUGGGCAGAAUUAAACUUAAGCUACAGAUCGUCUGUGUUUGUCUUUUUGUUUGUAUCUGUAGGUGAAGCCUUUUCGCUUUUUUCCACCCAAACGAUCACAUUAGCUUACUCUGCAGCAAAGAUCUCACUGACCCUGACCCAGUGUGGUGAUUUUACAUUAAGAUUACAGUACGAUAUUGUUGUUAAAUUAUUGUCUCGGGUUCGACUGAAAUAAAAUCAAACGCACAACAAAAAAAUGUCCUUGUAAA